AUGCAAUGUGAUUCCGAUGAAGAAUGGACUCAACCAUUUUUAGAUGAAGAAGAUCCACUCCCAAACCAAAUUUGCCCAUAUGCAACAUCAUCAGAAAUAUCAAUUAAAAGUAUGUUAGAAAUAUCAUCAAUAGAUAGUGAUGACGUUGUAUUAGAUUUAGGUUGUGGAGACGGUAGAAUUGUAAUAUACGCAGCAAAACACUAUGGAAUCAGAGGUAUUGGAUUAGAUAUUAACCCAGAAUUAAUUAAAUCUGCAAAUGAAAAUGCAAAAAAAGAAGGUGUUGACCAUUUAGUUUUAUUUAAAGUACAAGAUUUUGCAAAUGAAUCAUUUGAUUUUAAAUUAAGUUCAAUUGGAUUAUAUAAUAAUAAUAAUAAUAAUGAUAAUAAUAAUAAAUUAAUUUAUCCAACCAUUUUAACAUGUUAUUUAAUACCAAGAGCAUUAAAAGUAAUUGAAUCAAAAGUAAAGAAAUUAAUUAGAGACAAUGAUAGUGAAUCAACAAAUCAUAAAUCAAUUAGAAUUGCAACUAUAGUUUAUCCAUUUGAAAGAUGGCAACAUAUCAAUGAUGAUAAUUCUUUAAAAAUAUUUUUAUAUACAAAAGAUUCAAUUGAUAUUAUUCCAAAAUCAUUAGAUUCUUCGAAUCCAAUAUUCAUUUAA